AGAUGAUGUUUCGAGGUGGACACAGGGGCCAGCGUUGUCAGGGUGCUUGAGGAGCGUUGCUCAGAGAGACCGUUUUCCUGGAGGGGAUUUUGCCGGAGGGUCGUUGGUCUUCUUCGCCGGCUGUCGAUCACGCUUCGAGGGUGAUUGAAACAUGCCGCCAAGAAAAAGAAAGGGAGGUUUCAAAAAGAAGAUCAAGGCCGUGGCUGAGCUUGUGGGACUUUCGAGUGGUUCAUCGUCGCAGACACGUCCUCCUAGCGCUCCUCCUAGCCCUCCACCACGGAGGAAGAAUGCCCAGCCACGGCGACUUCGUACCCCUUCUCCUAGUCCUCCCCCAGCCGAGGAUGAUGACGAGGAGCAGUGGGGUGGGGAGGACGAGGAGGACGGUGAGGAGCACGGUGGGCAGGAUGAGGAGGAUGGUGGGGAGGACGGUGGGGAGGACGGUGAGGAGGACGGUGGGGAGGACGGUGGGGAGGACGGUGGGGAGGAGCUCGAGGAGGAUGAGGGGUUGGGGGGUUUGCCGCAGGAGCUAAACAAAGACCUAGCUUGGUAUCCGCCCGAGGAGGAGGAGUACGUUGCAGCCGAGGAGAGGCUGGAACCACGGGACAAGAAGCCGUAUAAGCGCGGGAUUACGAAACUCCCCAAGCUAAAAACUUGGGCCUUCCGCGAUGUUGUUCUCGUGCCCGCUGGAAAGAGCAUGUUCAAGUAUGGUGACCCGAGGAGGCUCCCGACACGUGAGUACUCGAACAUACUUGGAGGCCUAAUUAGGAAGCAUUUCCCUGGGAUUGUCAAUCUCCCUAGUGGUGGCCGCGAUGUGGCUUGGACUUGGAAGCACUACAGCUACGCGGAAGAUCCUAGCGGCAAGUGCGCCAACAUGCAAGAGCGGGUUGUCCGCCACUUCUGGAACCCUCCUCAGUACGUCGGGGAAGACAAGGCGUGCUUUCUUGCGAUGGUCAUAUGGUGGACAUCCGCCGAGUACGCCCGGAAGCACGAGGAGGGCAAGCAGAAGCGUUUAGAGAUGGGAGGUGGAUCACAUGUCCUGGGCAGCAAGAACUUGGCCCUUACCUUGCAGCAAGAGGAAGUGAAGACAAAGCGUGACACCAAACUUGUUUGGCCUCUUCCAAAAGUCCAAGACCAGGGAGGGAGCCGCAUCCUGAAACGGGGUCCGUGUGGGUCAACGGGCUAG